GUCAUGAUAUCAACAACUGUUUACUCUUUUACAAGAUGAGACGUGCAUAUAAUGUUAUUUUAUGCAGGUUGCAUUUAUGAUGAAAUGUUGUGUCAAUGUAUUUUGUAUGCAAACUAUAUUUUUCAAUUUCUACAAGUUUUAUUGUUGAUUGAUUAUCUUCAAAAACUUUUAUUUGUAGAGUUUGAGAUAGACUCUUCUGUUAGUUUUAAUAGCCAAAAUAACUCUUCCAUAGCUUGCAAAAGGGCAACAUAUUAACUUUCUGUUGAGGAUAAAGAUGCAUAUGAUUGUUUUCUUGAAAAGCUAUGAAAUGUAGUUUCUGCCUGAUAAAAUUAUACUUCCAGAUGUGGAGUUUCUGUCUUGAAUAUCUUGUCUCGAUUCAGUAUUUGAAUAGACUCCAAGGUUUGGUUCUAUGUUCAAAGAAAUACAGUACAAAGUCUUUAAUCUGGACUCGUCGGGACUUCAGCGAUUCCUGAUUAGGGGUUUUUCAGGAUUAUAGAUCAUCAAUUUAAAUCUGGUUUUAGAAGGUGACUUAGACCAGAUGCAUUUGUUUUCUUAUAAAGUUCCUCCUGAUUGUGAAAGUAUUAUAUUAUCUGAGAAGUUGAUAUUUGCUACUGUAAAAAGUACUUCUGAUGAUCAUCAGCAUGUUUUAAAAAUAAUUUCAAGAAAGUUUUCAGAAAUAUCAUCUGAAACAUCAAAAAAGAAAGAAUUCCUUAAUGCUGAAAUACAGAAGUUUACCUUUGAUGGGGAAAUUUCUGCUUUAUAUAAACUGGUGGUUCAUCGUGAAAACAGAAAUGUGUGUGUAAAAAACCAUAUUCGAACAUCAACAAGUAUUUCUGCUUCUACAGCAUCAGAAAAUGUCACAAAUUCUAUUCAGAAUAAAAAAAGCAGUGCCUUCUUAGGAUAUGAAAAUGUGACCCAAGAUUUUGAUUCUAUCAUUAAUGAGGAACAGGAACUUGAAGGAUGCAUUUUGGUUCAAAAAACAUGUGUUUGGGAAUGCAAGCUGAGAAUUUCACCUAAGGAAUUAUUUCUAAGUCUUACUGCUCUUCCAUGUGAUUUACCAUUCGCUGAGAAACUGGGUGUAAUGCUGGGAUUGGAUUUACCUAAGUUGUAUGAAGCUGCAGCUGAUAUACAGUUAUCUCAAGGUCAGUUUGCACAAGCUGUUCAUCUGUAUCAACUAUCAAAGUGUCCACAGUUAAAGAGAGUUGCUCACUUCAUGGGUUAUGGUUUUCUUUCUGAAUUGAUAGCAUAUAUUCAAGUACUUUUCAGUACUAAAGGCGUGGAAAUUGUAUCAGCAGAUAAAUGUCACUUUGCUAAUAUUGCACUUCAUUGUUUCACUCAUCAAGUGAAAGAUAAAUUGCAAGAAAGGCUAGCGAUUAGUACAGCUUUUAAGAGAUUUCUAAAAGAAAAUGCAUAUUAUGAUGAAGAAGUUGCGGCGAAAUUGUUAGCUGAGCAGGGGUUGUAUGAAUUGCUGCAUUAUUUUGCCAAGGUCCGAGGCCAGCAAGGUUUAAUGGUGGAAACUUUGCUAUCAAAUGACAUUAAAAAUGCAUUUGAUUCUGCUACAACUAAUUCCAUUCAUAUAUCUGGCUAUGAAGAGAUUUUUCAGCAUGGCGAUGAUGAUUUCUAUUUAAAAUGUAUCACAUCAUAUCAUCUGCUUCAGUUCUUAGCUGCUAAACCACAAGUUUUGUAUUUGCAUAUUCAGCAUUUAAUAACACUACUUCCUCAAAUGGAUCCUUCAUUAUUACGCAGAGUAGCAUUUUUGUAUGACCCUUCUCGUCCAACGGCUAAGUUGUCCUUCAGAAACAUGGCAUCUACUAAAACAGAUGGAAGAUAUUGGAGUUUGACAUCGCUAACAACAGUAGCUAGUGAAGUACUUGAUAUAAACUGUGGGGUAGAAAAUACUACAGGAGAAGAUGUUAUAAAAUUUUUUGUAUUUGUAUUACUGAUGCUGUGUCAUAAACUUGAUUGCCCAAAAUUUGAUAAGAAGUUGAUUAAAUAUGGAGGAAUAAACAAUCCUAGAAAAAAGUCUGCUUCUAGACAAAAAAAAGUCAAAUCGAGUUCAGAGAUUGUGAGUUUAAAUCAUUCUUCAGUUUCUUGUGGACAGGCUCAUGCUGCUUACAUUCAUAAUGGAAUAUUGUACACUUGGGGAAAAACUGGAAGUGGAAGAUUAGGAACUGAAGAUGUUGGAGCAGAAUAUCAGGUGCCUCAGCCAGUGCCAGCACUUCUUAGAUUGCAAGUGACUGUUUUAACUGUGUCUUGUGGAGCUUUACAUACUUUAGCUCUUACUGACUAUGGUUUGUUUAGCUGGGGCUCCUCUCGUUUCGGACAGCUAGGUGUUGGUGACGUUCAGCAAGCUAUUCAGCCUUUAAUUGUAGAAAGUCUUCAGUCUGAGACCAUAAUAAAGAUAGAAUGUGGCCAGUAUCAUUCUUUGGCUCUAACUGCUGAAGGAAGAGUAUUCUCAUGGGGCUGGGGUAUUCAUGGUCAGUUGGGUCAUGGAAAUGCUGAAAAUCUCAAUUUACCUAAAAUAGUCAAAUCCUUGAAAAAAGUUAUUAUAGUUUCCAUUUGUGCAGGACAAGGCCAUAGUGCUGUAUUGAGUCAAAAUGAUGAAGUGUAUACAUUCGGAUGUGGUAUGUUUGGUCAGCUUGGAACGGGAUUUGUAUCCAAACAUAGCUAUCCUCAACUUGUGAAUAUUCCUGAACGUAUCAAGUUAAUAGCUUCUGGUCAUUUUCAUGUUCUUGCUGUAAGCAGAACAAAUAGGAUUUAUACAUGGGGAUGUAAUCCGCAAGCUUUAAGAUUGCAGGCUCAGAAUUCACGCAGAGCUCGUCAUCAAGGAAAUAUUCUGUAUCAAAAUUCUCGAUCUUCUAAUUAUGUUGCUAGCAGUAUUAUGAAUAACUCAGCUUUACGUAGAUCUGGAGAUGUAAAUGAAACUCUGCAACAAAGUCAUCUUCUGCCUAGUCUAGUCAAUACUGCUUCUGUUGCAGAUACAAUAAUUCAGCUAUCAUGUGGUAGUCAUCAUUCUGUACUUAUUACUACAUGUGGAGAUAUAUAUUCUUGGGGAAGGAAUUCUGAAGGCCAGAUUGGAAAUGGUACUAGACGGGAACAAAAAACUCCUACUUUGAUUUCAAAUCUUAAAGAAAAAAAGAUAGUACAGUCUGCUUGUGGUGCUGAUUUUACCAUUGCAGUAGAUUCAGAUGGAAGGAUUUGGGGUUGGGGUCAAAAUGAUUGUGGACAAAUUGGCCAGAAGCCUGUAAUGGAUACUAAUGCUAAAUCCACUUCUGCCACUAGUGGACGAGUGAUUACCAUUCGAACUAACCGUAGAAUGAUCACAAUCACUCAACCAUGUCGCCAAAGUAUUCUCCGUCCUGCUGAGAUAGUUAUUCCAUCAUAUGAUCAGAAAGUUAAAGACCUUGAUAGUGGAAGUUUUGAAAAUGAAUAUUCUGUUCUGAAGCUAAUCAAUCAUAAAGGCAGUGCUGCAAGUCUCAUGAAUGAUAUUCCUGAUCUGUCUAAAUUAGACAAACCUCCUUAUGGUCCAUUUGCUUUGCAUACAGCAUUAAAAGUAUUUCAUCGCUUUUGUGAUUCUUGUACGCUUUUAAACCACAGCCUUAAAUUUGGAAAUUUCCAAGCAGCAGCAACACUUUGUGUCCUGGAAAAUCUUUAUGAUAAGGCUCUGGAAUAUCAGUUAAAAGCUUUAAUCAGCUUUUCAGAUUCAAAUAAAAUACGUUUGGACAUGGCGGUGUAUGUCAUGGGAUGCUAUGUAAGAUUAAUUGACCAUACAAAUAUUGCCACAAAUCAGAAGUUUUUGAAGCAUGUGAUUAAUUUUUGGAUAGAAAAUGAGUUGCCUAUUUCUCCUCUUGAAUCAUUUUUCAAGCAUCAUCUGGUCUUAUUUUCAUAUCCAUUAAUUCUUUUGUUAUUCAGUGAUCGACUUCCUGGUUUGGAUUUAGAAAUUCGUAAUGAAUUCUUUAAUUUACUAUCAUCAAGAUUCUGUUUGAAUAUCAUAUAUGGAGUCCUGAAAGAUAUACAGAGUGGUGGCCAUGUUAUAGACCUUUCAAAUGAGAUGGUAAUUUUAUCUGAUACAUCUAAAGUUUUAAGUCAAAUACAUGCAUUUGAUGCCUUGACAGCAUGGGAUGACUGUUUACCAGUAGAACGUUUGUGGCUUGAUAUUUUGCGCAAUUUGCAAAAUGGCAUUAUUUCUCAUUCUUCCAUUUCGUUAACUGCAAGUGAUGUGGAUAUCUUGGCAAAGACACUCUUAACCGAAGAAUUUUAUUUGAAGUCCUUUAAUAAUACAAAUAUAAGUAAGUUGACUGUAGGUGGAAUUGAUACAGUAAUGUUUUCUUGUGGACAUCAUCAUACCCUUUCAGCCUUUCAAACUAAUGUACAGUCUUUGUUUAAAGACUCAAUGAAUAUGCUAAGUUAUUCACUGCCUCUGACAUCUAAGUUAUUGCUUUCUGAAUACCAUGCUAGUGUCUUCUCUGCAGCAUGUCCAAAAUGUGUUCAGACUGAAAUUAAUAACAUUCUGUGAUUUUGUAACAAAGAAUAUUUUGUGUAUACUAAUCAUUCUUAUUUGUUGUUAUCCAUGUGAUGCUUAUAGAUAAUUUAAAAUUUUCAUUAGUACAGUUUCAUGAAUGAAAUAUAUUUUCAUGUUAAUUCUAUAGUUGAAACUACUCAUCCUUUAAAUUUUACAAUAUUUUUGCCAUGUAACCUCAUAUUUUCAUAUGUGUUCUAAAUAUAGAAUGAAUGUAUUUUUUUAAAGCUGAAUAUCAGCAUCAUGUCAUGCUCUUCAAAUUAUCAAAUUAUUGGACAAGAUGCAUGGUAAGUAAUAUAUGAAAUGAAAAUGUCAAGAAUACAGCUCCCCUUUGGCGUACUUCCUUUUGGAAAAGUUCGUUUUGCUUUCUUUCAACCGUAGCUUGUUGAUGUAGCAACAAUCAUGUCAUUUUUGUUUUUCAAAACAAUAAAUUUUAAUGAAAAUGUUUA